UUAUAAAUUCUUAUCGUAAAUUCAAUGUUAUGUAAAUAUUACUAUUUUUAAGAAAUAAUUUUCCUGUCAUAUAGAUUAUGGUUUAUUAAAUCUAAUAAAUGUCAAAUGCCGCCCCUGUAUAAUCGAGAGUUGCGAUUUAAAACCUCCUAACCUGCUCCACAGUAAAGUGUUUUUUUUUUUAGUGAAAAAUAGUGAUUGUUCUAAUUCAAUUAUUCAUUAAAAAAAUAUCAUUUCUCGUUUAUUUAUGACACGGAAGAAAUCAACGGCAGGGACAAUACUUGCCUUAUAUAGUCAUGGAUGUUAAUAUGGAUGGUUCGACUGGCUCUGAUGGCAAUGAGAAAUCAUGGGAUCAUCCUUGGUGUACAGAAGAAAUGAGAAAUAAAAGAAGAGAAUGGAAUCUUGCUGGUGAUGCUGGACUUUUAAAACAUCUUCAACGCUUUUCCGAAAAUUUAACGACAAAAGCUAAUGAAACAACAGAGGCCUUGGAUUCAUUGACGAAUCGUUUAAAUGAAACUGCUAUAUUUGUAGAUAAUCUUACCAAUACAUCAUUAGCUUUGGCCAAUACACAAUUUAUUGAAAGUCGAGUUCAAGAGGAUGAUGAUGUUGAAAUCGACAAAUCUACUGAUCAAAUUGAAAAAAAUACAAAUGAUCAGGAAUUAAAUCCAGCGGACAUUAUAGCUAUUGUAAAUGAAAGUAUAAAAGAAGGUUUACGAAUAAUAGAUGAAAAAUACGAUAAAGUUGAUGUUGUUGCCAGUGAUAGUGAAGAUGAGGGUGAAAAUAUAUUGCCAAGUGUAAUUUUGCGUGCAAAAGAUCCAUAUCAAGAUCGUCCCUUGCCGUAUGUGAUUGGCACGGAAAAGUGGAAAUCAUCGAUCAAAAUAGGUUUAGAAUCAAGUAGCAGUGAAUCAGAGCAAAUGGAGGAGGAUGAGGAGGAAUCGUCGAGCGAUGGAGAAAAUAAAGGAAUGGAUUUAUUAAAUGUAACUAAUCGUCAAACAACAUUAGGCUCACAAUUAUCUUCUUCAAGUGAAUCUAAUGAUUAUAAUUUAGAUAGUAACAGUACAAGAGACACUAAUAAUGGAAGUCUCAGGGCUAAGAGUCAAGAUACAUUGAAUAUUGAAUCUGAACCUCUCACGCCAACUAGUGUAUUACCAAAGAGUCAAAAUAUCAAUAGUGGUCCACCAAGUUUUGCAGAGGAAUUAGCUAAACGUUUGGGAAGUGUUCUUCCUAUUCAAAAAACAGUGAUCACACAGGAAGCUCACGAUCCUUCUAUAAAUCGUGCGAAAGAUGAUUUAUUUUCACAAGAAGACGAUGAAGAUGUUUUCAGUAGUAAAUCGGAAAAUUUAUUCAAUGAAGAAGGAGGAAGUGGAUUAUUUGACGACGAUGUGCCGCCAAAAUGGAAUAAAUCUCUUCCAAAAGCUGUGAAAACAAAUAUAAUUCCUUCGAGUAUCGAUGUACCACCGCCAAUAAGUUCUACAUCAACAAAAGCAAAAUCUGCUUUUGAUGAUUUAUUUGGAGAUGCAGAUUCCGACGAUUCUGAUGAUAUUUUCUCAACGAAGAAUACAAAGAAAAAUAUUUUUUCGAAUGAUAAUUCUGUGAAGGAGGGAACGAAUAAAAAAUUCUUGAAUAGCGAUUUUAUGGAAAAUAUUGGAAAUAUGUCAACAAACGUGCCAGAAAUACAUGAAGAUGUUGAGGAUCUCUUUGCUGAUGAGGAAAUCGACGAAGAUGAUCUUUUUAAUACAUCUAAAGCACAAAGUCGCAUUGAUACAACACCUGUGGAUAACAGCACUCAAAAAAAACCAAUUGGAGGAGUUUCAGUUCUCCAUGGAAUGGAUUUUCGAUCUUCGAAGUUGUCAACGAAAAUAUUUCGUCAAAGUUCCUCGGAUUCUUCAGGUAGUGAGAGUGAGAAUUCUGACACUGUUGAGAGCAAAUCGGAUUUUGGAAUUUCGAAAAAUUUAAGUUCAACUUUGGAUGAAAGAAGUGCUGAAAAUUCUAAAUCUAACUUAGAAACUACCAUCGAUGGCUGCGGAAUUUCAAAACAAUCUUCCAGCACAAAAACUGUUGAUUUAGGAGCGGAUUUUCAGCCACAGAUGACGUCUAACCGAUUGAAAUCGGAAGAACGUAAUCGUGAAAAAAUUGCAAGUGAUAGUUUAUUUACAACAACAACGCGAGUGCAAGAAAACAUUACGCAAGAUGAUAUUUUCGAUGAUGAGGAUGAUGUUUUUGGUCCACCUCCAUUGCCAAAAGCUAAUGAAAAAUCAAAAGUGAUUUCCCUCUUUGAUGAUUCAGAUACUGAUGAUGAACUUUUUGCCAGUGCAAUUCCAAAACAUCAUUCACAAAAAAUUGUCGACUUGAAGAAAUUACAGAGUCAAGAAAAACCAAAAAUAACUAAGAAUAUAAGUAUUUUUGAUGAUGAUGAUGAUGAUGAAGAUAAUGAUGAUGAUAUUUUUGCCGUCAAUGAUUCUCCAGAUGUUGAUAUUUUCUCUAUUGAUACAAAACCAUUGAAUUUAACAGCUAAUGAAUCAUCGACACGAAAAACUUCCGAUUUAUCUUCCGAUUUAUUUGGCGAAUCAGGACAAAAUGAAUCACCAAGAGUUGUUAAAAAACCUCCUGCUACGAGUUUAAUAAAUAAAUCCAUUUUUUAUGAUAGUGACGAGGACGAUGAUUUAUUUGGUUCCAUUUUACCAAAAAAGGGAACUAAAGUCUCAAGUAUAUUUGAUGAUUCUAGUGAUAUUGAUUCAUUAAAAUCAAUUUUAGAGGAAAAAGAUACAAAUAAGGAAAAAAUUAAUAAUAUCGAACCUUUAAAUAAAGCAAGUGAUUUGUCGAAUAUUUUUCAAACAAAUAAAAGUGCUUUAUUUGAUGACGAAAUGGAUGACGAUGAUCUUUUUGGGCAUAAAACUCCAUUGUCUUUUAAAGACUCCAAUAAAACAAAGUCUGAAGAUAGUGCCAUUAUGAAACAGACAACUUCCGAAAUUAUUGAGUCAAAAGAAUUGUCAAUUGAGGCGAAAGUGUCAAAUAUUGAAUCGAAAAAAAUGCCACCAAUUAUACCACAAAAACCCGAUAGUUUAAAAACUAAAGGAAAUGCAAUACAAGAGACGGGGAAUAAAAUGGAAAAUGUUGUCGAUGGUUGUUGUAUUUCAAAAAGUGAUCCACCAAAUACUUUAAAUAUUCGAUCGUUAUCAGCGCUCGAUGAUGGAAAGGAACCACCACGAAGGGCAGUUUCGGGAAAAAUUAAAAAUCUUUUGGGAAAAAUGGGUGAUUUAAAAAUUCUCUCGCCCACUGAUACACCACCUGUUUUAAGGAAACACGAGGAGAAAAAUGAUGAGGAAGAAUCUUUGGAAUGUGACAGUGAGGACGGAGGAAGUUUAAGUAUAACGAGUUCUGGCAAGGAAACAAGUAUUAGUGCGGAAGAUAGGCCAAGGAAGGAUUCUUCUGAUUCAAUGUUAACAGAUGAGAUAAAUACGGAAAAAGCGAUAAGUUUCGAUGAACCUGUACACGUUGAAACGUUAAUCAACGCUUCAAAGAGUCGUGCAAGAAUUCAAGUGAAACGUCGCCCACAAAGCAGACAAGCACGUCAAAUUGCAUUGCGUCAAAGUGGAAUAGAUUUUGAUGCUGUAGACUCAAUGCAGGAUCUCGACGACGAUAUUAAAAUAAAAGAUCACAUUUUUAUUGUUGACAAUAUUAAUGAUAUGAAUUUAAGUAGCGAGAGACUAUUGUCAAUAAAAUCCGAUAAUGUAAGAAAUACAGAAUUAAAUCUUUCAUUGACAAUUGACGAUAAAUCGGAACGCACAUUGAGUAAAGAGAGUACAAAUAAAAAUACUCUUCUCUCACCAUCGACUGACGAAGAAGAUUUGUUCGAUGUUCCACCCGAUUUGCCAGAAGAUCCAUUUAAAGAGGAUUCUUUGUUUGGUAGAGCACCUAUUUUAUCGCCAAUCGACGAUGAUGAUGACGACGACGAUAACGACAAUGUUGUUGUAACGAGAGAAGAAAUUAAGUCUGUAAAAAUAAAUACUGCCACCACAUCUGUCGCUAAAUUGAAAGCUGACAGAAUCAAUAAAGAAUCGAUUAAAAGUGUCGAUAAAGUGGAAAAAGAAUUGAAACCGGAUCAAAAACUUGAAAGUACCGUUGUAACAAAAAGCACAGAACCAGAUUCCAAAGAUGUGUUUUCAUCAGAGAAAGAAAAUAAAGAGUCACCGCUUGAUCCAUUGCGAAAUAAAGAUCUUGAUCCUUUGAAAGAUCCAAGUCAACUUUUUGCAUUUGUCACAAAAACCCCAUCGCCUGAGAAGGGAAAGGCACUUUUAUUUCAUGAAGAUGACAGUCUCUUUUCUAGUGUAUCGAAUAAAAAAACAACAACAAUAAACGAAAAAUCAACGAGUAAAAAAAUGGAUUCACUAUUUGACGAUGAUGAUGGUGAUUUAUUUUCCACGACAAUUGGAAAAAAUAAUAAAAAAUUGCUCAAGGAUACAAAAAUUAAUUUAUUUGAUGAUGAUGAAAGUUUAUUUGGUUCAUCGACAAUAAAGAAGAGUGAAGAUGGAAAUGAAGCUAAAAAAUUGGAUAUUGUCGAGUCACAAAGUUCAACUGGUGAGAAAAAUAUUUUUGAAAGUGACAGUGAUGAACAUUUGUUCUCCGAUGGAACACGAGCAACAAUUCCAAAUGAUGUUGCUGAUAUAAAUAAAAAGAAAUCUAAUUUAAAUGAUAUCUUUGGCGAUCAAUCGAGUGGAGAAGAAGAUAUUUUUGCUUUUAAGAAACCGAUAUCAAAGAAAUCUACUGUUGAGAGUAAAUCCUUGUUUGAUGAUGAUGAUGACGAUACUGAUGAUGAUAAUAAUGGUAUCUUUGGAAAGACGUCUUCAUCAUUAUCAAAAAAUAAGGAAAGCCAUAAUGCUGUUAAAAAAGUUAUCAAAAGGGAUUUAAAAAAAACUGCUGAGCAGAUAAUUGAAGAUCCCUUAAGUAUGCUUCAAGAUGAUUAGUCCAAAUAGAUUUGUUUUUCUUUUUUGUUAUCAGUGAAAUAUUCAAAAUUCAAUUCCGCAAUAAGUAUUAAUAAUUUUGAAAAGGAGUUUUUUUUUGAAAAAUUAAAAUUGUUUCAUCAUCGACAGUGUUCAAUUAUUUUGAAAAAUUUGAAUAAUUUUUAAAGAGAAGAAAAAAUAAUAUAUAUGAAAAAUAAAUUACAUUCCUUUAAAUUUUGUUAAAUUUCUUAAAAUAAUUUUGUACUGAAAUACUGUCGUUAAUGAAUAUUUUAAUUAAUUAAAAAAAAUUCUUUAUUUUGUUAUUGAUUUUUUUUUCCAAAGUUUAGUCUUAUCAUAAACACGGUGCGCGCUGUGCAAUAUUAUUUUUUAUUAUUUAUACAUAAUUUUUUUUCUAAUCAAAUUUACUCAAAGAAAAUUGUUUUUUUUUAAAAAAAAAGAGAGAUUAUUUUUUAUUUUUUAUAAUUUUUGAUUUAUUGUUAUAUUUUGUUUUUAAUGAAAUUUAUUUUGAAAGAAAAGAGGAAAAUAUCAACUAAAUUUAAAUUAAAUGAUUAAAUUAGUUUCAAUUUUAUAAUUUCUAAUUUGAAUUAGAUAUUAUAAAAUUUUAACAAAUGUUUAAUAAAGGUGGACAAAUAUAAAAAUUUAAAUUCAUUGUAAAUAAAAAUUAUUCUGGAUGGUAAUGUUAUUCGAUGAUAUCAAUUUAUUAUUAUCGUCUAUGUAAAUAUGAAAUCAAUUAUACAAAAAAAAAAAUAUAUAUAUAUUAUGAUAUAAUAA